AUGACGGAGCCUGUCAGUGUUGAAGAAUUUAUUCAAGACACGUUAAAAGACAUACAUUCCCCUUCAGAGUCGGAAUUUAGUACCAAGAUCUCAUCUAUACGACAGACUAUUCACUCUCUUGAUGAGGGCCUCGAGACCGAUAGAUCUAUCCUGUCAAAGUCUCGAAAAUUUGUAAAGAGUGUCGUGUCGUCCGGUCUUGGGUAUGCUGCCUCAACUCUUGCCCUAUGUGACCACCUUGAAAACCUGGGACAGUUUGCGCUUGAACCCGUAGAUACCAAUGGAAGUGAUUUAACCGCUGGAUUCUGCCAGUUUUCCGUCAUCCAUCGUGAUCUGGGAAUCAUGUUCAAGCAUCUGAUGCAGAAUCUCAAUAGUAUUUUGGUAUUCCCAAUGGAAACCUUUCUUCAAGGGGAUUUGAAAAGCGACCUAAAGAAGCCGUUUGACAAAGCUCUUAAGGAAUAUGAGUAUAAAUAUGAAAAACUUAAGAAGGAGAAGCUGCAGGCGAUGAAGGAGUCGGGUGUGUACACGCCGGAGACGUUCACUGUAGAAAUGGCGGAAAAUCUCGAGAAGGAACGACGCCGUCUGCAGUUGGAGGUUUGCGAGUACUUCAUCAAGGUGAACGAGGUGAAGUCCAAGAAAGGCGCCGAUUUCCUCCAGCACUUCAUCGACUUCUACCACACUCAUUUGCACUACCUCAAGGAAUGCGUCGAAGUGAUGGAGCACUUCGGCAAGAAGAUGCCCGACCUUGCGAACCGCAUAAGCUCCCUACAGAAGCAGCACGACACCCAGAAACGCCACCUCGUGGACACGCGCGAGUGUGUCCGAAAACUCCUCGAAAAGGAGUCUGUUCAGGCGGCACCCAGCUGUGGGUAUCCGUCUACCCAAACGGUGCCCGUAAAUCUCUCAUAUGGGACUCAAAAAAGUGGCUUUCUUCUGAAGAAAUCCGACGGAAAGGUAAAGCGGAUUUGGCAGAGACGUCGAGUGUGUGUCUCCGACCACGAAUUGUGCCUCUACCACGCCGACGAGUCGAAGCCGCCCGUGCGUUUGAUGCUCCUCACCUGCCAACUCAAGCUCCCCGGUGAGCACCCCUCUCCGAACGUCUCCGCGCCCGUCGAUCAAAGCGGCGAUACCCCUGACACCGCGUCCUCAGUCGCCAGACGCUCUUUCUUUCUCGUCUCCAACAACCGCACUUACCACUUCCAAGCUGAAGAUGACAAGGACUUCGCGGAGUGGACCAGUGUGCUGUCCAAUGCCAUGCAGGCUGUCUUCAACGAGGCCAUGAACUCGGGAGGUCAAGGUCACGCCUCCAACGGUCUGGACAUGUACACCUCCUCGCAUCACAGCCGCGGCAGCAGUAUCACAGGCAGUGAAGUUGAUCUUCUUGUUUCACACGCCGUCGCACCGUCAUCGCUUUCUCGCUCGUCAACUGGCGGUUCCGGGGACGCGGCGAAUGUCUUAACGGGCGCACAACUCCACCAGGCCAUUCAGCGGAUUAUGCGGACCAAAGUUCCUGGAAAUCACAUCUGCGCUGAUUGUGGCCGUCCCGACCCGGAGUGGGUGAGCGUUAACCUCGGCGUGCUCAUCUGCCUGGAGUGUUGUGGAACACACCGCGAACUGGGCGUGCAGUGUUCCCGGACACAGUCCCUCCUCAUGGACGACCUCUCCACAAGCCAGCUCUUGCUUCCUCGCUUUAUCGGAAAUCGAUUGUUUAAUGACGUCUAUGAGUCAUCCCUAAGCGAAACCACCAAACCAACUGCGAGUUCUGACAGCGCCAGGUCAGUUUUCUGUGAUGGUGUGUUUAAUUUGUUGCUACUUAUAAUCUUUAUAAGUAGCGACCGUCGAAAUUUCAUUCGUUGCAAGUACCAGGAGAAGAAAUUCAUCACCAGCACCAUGGGCUGUCUAAACACAAUAGGCAGGAGACGCCGCACCUCCAUGGACACCACAAUCACCGCUGACACCUCUCUGUCCAGCUCUGACGUGGAUCGAUUUUUGAAGCGUGAUCUCCUCCGUGCUAUUCGCACGGGCGACUUGUCCACACUCAUCCAAGUCCACGCGGAAGGCCUAGACCUGACCGCGCCAAUCGACGUGGUCGAUGACAGUGGCACCUCGGUUGUGGGCAACACGGCACUCCAUUUCACGAUUGAGAACGCCGCUGUUGACGGUAUUCUGGGCUCCUCACCCUACCUCUACCUCUCCAUCCUCGAAUUCAUCAUUCAAAACUCCUCGGCGCAAAACCUUCAACGCGAAAACGCCAUGGGUGAAACGCCGCUGCAUUACGCCGCCAAGUUUGCUUCCGCCGACGCAAUUCGUCUCCUGCUGUGCAUUGGUGGCACUCCGACAGCUAUGAUCUCGGCAACCAACAUGCUGGAUCAGACCCCUCUCGAUGUGGUUCGAGUCAAGCUCAAGACAGAAACCAAUCAGAAGAAAGUGGGUCAGCUGCGUCAGUGUGAGAGGCUGCUGCUGUUAGCGCAGGACUGCUCCUCGGAGGCGUUGAAGUCAGGCGGCCUGAGUUUUGCGUCCACAACGGCGGACGCUGAAAUGGCCGCGCAAAAGCGCCUUGUCGACGCCAUCGAUGACCUUGAGACUGUCCAAUGGGGUGUGGAUGUGACGGCGGCAACAAUCGCAACCUCCCUUAUGAAGCGCUCUAACUCCGUUCAGGAGGAUUCACUUUCGCGGGCGAUUGGCGAGACCAUUGCCGGUGCCAUCGGCGUAAGUGGGCCGAUCGCAAAUGGGCCACAGGGGUCCACGGCGGCCUCCCCCAAGCGAACGCCUUUGUCGUUCAAUCUUCGAAGCAACUCCACCAAUAGUGCCGCGUGCCAUUCGCCGAAGUAUGGUGGAGCACUAGCCACGAUCCCGCGAAAAAAGGGUCCCGCUCCGAAACCCCCCUCGGAUGUUUCAUGGUUCUCCAUUUCCACGGACGCGUCUACUUCGGAGCACACGCCGGCCUCGUUGAGUCGUCGUUUGAGCGGUGGCUGUGCCUCCUUGUUUACGCGGUCGUCCAGGACUUAUGCAAGUACCCUUGCAGCUCCGAUUCCCGAUCCGAUCGGCGACCACAUUGAUGUUUUGCUGGAUGUUCUCGAGGAACACCCAACAUGCGACUCCUUCUCCAACGAAGCCGACAAUAAGGAGGUUGAGCCGUCUAGACAAUCACCUGGGCAAGCCUCACUGCAGCGUGCCAUUGCGCUCUACGACUGCGACGCCGAGAAUUCAGACGAGCUCACCUUCAAGAAGGGCGAGGUGAUUAUUGUGGUUAGGGAUGUGGAGCAGUAUUGGUGGGAGGGUUAUAUUGAGAACGAGCCGAGCCGUCGCGGUCUGUUUCCUCUGACGUACGUCAAGCUCCAGCCGCCUUCCACUGACACCAACUGA